UCACGCAGAUACUGACGGAAGCGAGGCGGGAGGCAGAGGAAAGGCUAAGAGGAACGCAAGAAAUGAAAUUUACCAUUUCCACUAAUAUCGAAGACGUACUGUUUAAAGGAAGAGUUCGCGUCAAUGAAAUGAAGCUGAAAGACUUUCUUACGAGGGAACUGGACGGCAGGGGCAUUGUGGACACUAAUCGGGAUGUCUUGCCGGAGGAGUUUUUCAAGGACCCCACGAAGUAUAUCCGUGAUAAAGGAGCAUUGGACGAAAUACAGGCAUCAGGUCAUUAUUUGAGUAUGAAGCGAGCUGUAAAGGGUGAAGUGAUCUUCGAUGAGGAUAUACGCAAGCUUUGCGAUAAGGGUGUCAAGAAUCCACCGGGGCGGUCAUUAGCUGCUGCGGAGGUAAAGGCAACUGUUCAUAACUCCACCAAACAUUUCUUGGAUUCAGCUGCCGAGGAGGCGAGGGACCCAACGACGACGAGCGCACCGGAGAAACUGGAGGGAUGCUACGAGUCUGUACACAAUGCGAGGUGGAGCCAUGCGGUGGAACUUCCGGACGACGUGGAGCGAAAGAAAACGGGGACGGGAAUGUGGGUGCAUGAGGGGAAGCCAGAACAGUCAUGGUCGCACAAGAAAGCUGACGACGCUACCGAAAAGAAUGACGCUGUGCAGCAAUUCGGUGCGGCACCUCCCGUGUUGAUGGUGCUCACCUCGGAGAAGGGAUGGCCGUACUCGUGGAAUACGAUACAGGAUCUUCCUAAGGACGUUUUUGUAAACUGUGAGGUGGAUCGAGUGUGGCAGAUCGUCAAGGGCGAUCUAACCGCGUGGUUCAGCCCUCACGGCGGGACCGACUUUAGGCCCGAGCGACGUGUAUUGAUUGGGACGCCCGGGAUCGGGAAAUCGGUGGCUGCCGGCUCGUACCUCCUCUACCAGCUGCUGCACGACGAUUUCGAGAAAAUCCAAGUGGUAGUCCACUGUUUUGGUGGAGGAGAUGCGUACGUGUCUGACAAGACCACCAGAGCGGUGACAAGAUACGGCGAUGAGGACAUGUGCAUCUCGGAGUUGAGAAGUUUGAGGGGGCAUGGGAGGAAUGUGUAUAUUAUCUACGAUGUGGCAAAGGAGGGAACGCCGCCACCGAGACAUUUUGCGCCUACUUCUGGAUGGGGCAUGAUUGCGGUGUCAUUCCCAAAGGUAACCAACUAUGAUGAGUGGGCGAAGCAACUACAGUCCGCGCGAAUCAUCGUGAAUUGCCCCGACGAGAUGGAUGUGGAGGCGAUGUGCGCCUGGAUAACGCGUGAUGAGACUAAAGAGAAACAAGCGGAAUACUGGAAAGGGGUCAAAAAACACAUGUGUCUUUUGGGACCGAUUCCACGUCACGUCUUUGAUGAGGAGGCGUUUACGGAACGCUGUGGAGCGGUGAAGUUUGCAUUGCAAUUGAUCAACGAGGUAACUGUGAAAGAGCACUUUUCACGGGGAGGUGAGUCGCCAUGGUAUUCUGAGGAUCCGUCCCACAAGCUUGUGAAGGUUGUUCGGGAAAUAUACGCAGGCGCUGUGAUCCUUUUCAAUGCACCGAUAUCUGAUUGCCUCGAGGAACGGACAUUGGAACGUUUCCCAAGUGUAACAGAACAAAAUGGCUUUUUGAGGCUGAUGUUGGCGUCGAAGGAUAAUAUUUUGCCAAUAUUUUUUGGAUGGUUUGCUUUGAAAUCGUUGACGGAGGGUGCCUUUGUCAAGGUAAUAGCGACGAAACUCACGGAGUUUGAGCCGCCAACAGGACGACAAGCAAAGCCCUGCGUCUUGAAGUUGGCCCCUGAAUUGCAUCCCAAGGGAGAUGAGGGUUG